AUGAGUUACGUGACUAGUGGGUAUUUAGAAACAAGCUUAGAUUGGAUUCCCGGCAUGAAUAACAUCAGAUUAAGGGAUUUCCCAAGCUUUAUUCGAAUCACAGACAUAAACGACUUCUUGCUCAACUAUCUCAUGAAUGAGGUUGAGGCUCUACCGAGAGCCUCAGCUGUGGUGCUCAACACAUUUGAUGCCUUGGAACAUGACAGUGUUAAGCCUUUAAAUGCAUUGAACCCCAGAAUUUUCACCUUGGGCCCACUACACCUGAUGGAACAACAUCUGCAAGAUGAAGGGGUCAAGCAACUUGGGUCCAAUCUUUGGAAAGAAGACGUGAGUUGCAUCCAUUGGCUUGAUACAAAAGACGAUGGCUCGGUUGUUUUCGUGAACUUUGGAAGUAUUGCAGUAAUGACGAAGGAACAACUAAUUGAGUUUGGAUGGGGACUCGCUAAUAGCAAGAAGGAUUUCUUAUGGAUAACCAGGCCAGACAUUGUUGGUGGAAAUGAGGCGGUAAUGCCACCGGAGUUCCUAGAUGAGAUUAAAGGGAGAGGCAUGAUCACUAGUUGGUGUCCUCAAGAACAGGUUUUGAACCACCCUGCAAUCGGAGGAUUCUUAACACACAGUGGAUGGAACUCAACACUUGAGAGCAUUAGCAGUGGCGUUCCAGUUCUUUGUUGGCCGUUUUGUGGAGAACAACCAACAAAUUGUCGGUACAGUUGUAUGGAGUGGGGGAUUGGGAUGGAAAUCGACACAAAUGUGAAGAGAAAGGAGGUGGAGGCACAAGUGAGGGAACUGAUAGAUGGGGCGAAAGGUGAGAUGUUGAAGGCGAAGGCUUUGGAUUUACAAAAGAAAGCCAAAGAAGCAGUAAUCUUCGGUGGAUCCUCUUAUGUCAACUUUAACAAAUUAGUUACUGAAGUUCUUUGGAAAAAUUGA